AUGGAUCAACAACACUCGUUCAAAACCAACAAAACUCAGCCCUACAUCAUGUUGGAAGACACGACGACGCCACCAAAACUGGCCGAGGCAUACAUGAGGAGAGGCGAAGAUGGACCCGGAGGUCUGCAGGGCAAUUGGGACAGCAAGAGGCAGCAAAGACCACGCCAGGACGAGUAUGGACCGCCGUCGUCGAGAGGUGCCAGCAGCCCGGAGCCAACUGAUGGAUUCAAGGGAUUUCCGGCGAAAAGACCGUCACUGAAAAGGGCCGUGGGGGCCAUGCUGUCCCGUUGGGUCAUCGUGCUGUUCCUGAUCGGAGGAAUCUAUGCCGUCCUCUACACGUUCUCCAGCGAGCCGGUGUUGAGCAAGAGGAGGAAGCGGGUGUUCAACGCGCUCAUCACCGGCUUCUCCAUCGGCCUCGCCCUGAUGGUGGUUAGCUUCAUGAACAAGAUCGUCGGCGAUCUGCGCUGGUUCAUCCUGAGCCGGCGUUCCUUUUCACAUGGCAAGGUCGAGGCCAUCCUGCAGGCCCACAGCCUGACGCGCAUCGCGAAGCUGAUCAUGAGCUCCAAGCGGCUUCCCGUCUUGGCCGUCGCAUCGCUCUGGCUCUUCAUUGCGCUAGCUGCCCAGAUCGCACUCGCCUCGCUCGGUCUUUGCUUCUCGGUCGAGAACGCGGAGGACAAGGCUCUGUUGGUUCCCGGGAGAGUCCUGAUUCGCAACAUGACUGUCAUUUCCACGUCUUCGUCGGCUUCAACCUCACCGGCCGUGUUGAAAAAGGCUCGGCAGUACACUGCCAACAGCUUUGGCGUGUUUUCCCAAGCGUACGCCGUCGCCGGGCCUGAGAAGAAACCCGAGUCGGGUGAUCUUUACUAUGCAGACAAUCCACUUUACUUUUGCGACCCCAAGCUGCAGCAAUCGAACUGCUCCUACGUGUUCCACGAGCUCAACCCCAACACCAUCAACAACAACGAUCGUUUGCCCGUCACGGCCGCCACGGAUCGCUCCAUCGAGGUCCGCACCGAAUGCCGCGCAUUCCCCGUCAUCGAGGGCGGAAACGGCACCCAGUCAAACAUCACGAUCCGACUAACCGAAAACCAGAGGGGGAUCGUCAACCUGCCGGUCCGAGGCGGUCUCGAUCAAAACACUUACAUGACCGACAUGCGGUUGGAAUGCGGGCCCCGCUGCGCCAUCGUCACGAUGUUCGAGGCAGCCUUCCCCGAAGCGUGGUGGUACAACUGUACGGUUUCUGUGGGCGAUGUCGAGGGCGCCACCCGGCCCGAGGAGAAGGUGGGCGAUGAGCUGGCCAGGAUGGCUGCGGCGGGUAUCGCCCUACAGGGUUUCGCCUCGGUGUCUGCUGAUGCUCCUUCGGGCGUCCAGAACAAGGAGACCGAAGUGGUGGUCCAGUCACAGGUCUACCCUUCAGAGAACCUAUACGGUACACCAUUCAGCGGCUCAGCCACUUCUUUGGCUGCCAUCAUGUCGAGGUUCGCCACUGGAGUCAUUGCCGUCGCCGGCGAGAACAACGAGGCAAUCACCGUAUCGGGGAUGAUGCCCGAGAUUGGGAACAAGCUCAAGAUGGAGCACUGGCCCAUCAUCCAUGUUAUACUGAUUGCCACCGCAACUGGUUUGCUUGUGCUUGGGUUGACCGGCGUGCUACUUGCGCACAAGAUUGUGAUUCCACAACAGUCGCCCAUCGUCGAGGCCCAGGUGCUCAAGUCCAUGGUCAAGGCCGCCGUCCGCUACACAGAGGCGGGUCGCCGCCAGAAGCAAUCGGCCGAGCACAGGAGAGGCGACAGCUCGAUGGGAAGAAAUUCGGCCGAAUCGAGACAAGACAAGUCAAUGUGGAUAUACAAGGACAAGUAUUGUGGCAACGGGAUAUACGACCUUUACAUGGAGGAGGUGACUCCGUUUAACUGA